UUCGAGCCGAAGUCAGACAUAAAGAGAGAGAUAGUUGUCUAGUGGUAUCGAAGUUGUGUGUUCGAGCCGGAAGAUAUACAUUAGGAGGGCAAAGGAGUAUAAUGUAAAGAAAGUUCGAGCCAGGAGAUAUGACAGUUGUGUAGAAGCACUGCACUAUGACGAUCCUGCAAGCUAUGGGAAUGGAGUCUAUUGAUGCAAGGGUAAGUCAAUUUCAUUUUUAGUUUCGCUGUUGAUUGUACAUUGAUCGAACAUGUUUAAAAGGUUGUAUAAACAUUUAUUAAUCGUUCAGUAAGAAUAACAUAAUGAAUGCUUACAGUCGUCUUAGAUGUUCCCGUGCCGUUGCCAGAAGCAUAUUUAAAUCAAGGCAGUAAAUUGAUUAUUUGAAUAGAAGAAAGCAUAUUUCAUUUACCAAUGAUUUUAGCUUGUAUGGCGGUGCAACGAUUUGGCGCGUAGUCCCAAAAUAAUGUACUUUGAACUAUUAUAUUUUUAUUUAACUGAACGAUUGAGUUUUAAUACUAACAUUUUGUUGAUUACAUAUGCUUUAUUCAUGUCAUGAUGUUGUGUUUAUACGCUCUAUAUUUCUUGUUCAGUGUGAUUAGGUCAUCAACUCAUGUUUAAUACCUUUGAAUAGUUGGCAUGUAUCCCUGAAUCAUCCAUACAUCAGACAUUCCCCUCCCCCUGUCAUAAUGUGUCCAUGUAAAGAAGUGCGUUAGUAUUUGGUACGCAGGAGUUGGGUCACUUGAUUUGGUAUGUACGAGAAUUACCCCCUUAUAUUGCAUUCACAUAGAAAGUGCAUUUGGAACACCUCGGCCAACGAAAACAACCUCGGACGUAUGUCGGUUAUUCAGUAGAAGUAGCACGUAAAACAUUAAAUAAUAGUACUUUUAAAUUGUAGUGUUUUAACUUAUAUUUUAUUGUUUUCUUAACGUAUAUCUAAGUUUUAAUUGAGUGCCAAUUAGUUGUUUUAUUGCAUUAUUAAUUCAGAUUCAAACGAGUAUUGACAUGAAGUUUAACUGCUAAAUUGAACUUAAUACGAAGUCUACAUGAAGCGUAGUUAAAAUGUAUAGAUUUCUGACAUUGUUAACCGUCCAUAUACAUCCGAGGUUAUUUUCGAUGGAAAAUGGUCGAGAAGUUACAAAUAAUAGAAAUGAUGAUAAUUCAUUCGGGUAUAUUUUUACGCCUUAUAUAUAUUCUUAUUUUCCGCGAUGAAUAAAAUUGAUGGGUCGAAUUCAAUUUUUUUAUCUGAGUAUGGCUCAUCUUAUACCAUACUUUAUGUAUACACAUACAGUAACUGUGGGGAAUAAUUGUGUAACAGGCCAACAUUUGUUCAUUAGUUGCUAUGAAAGUAGCGUUCUAGAUUUUGAGUUUAUAAUGAACACGAUUUCUGUGUUAUGCUUUAAAGCCGUCGAAAGCGAUUGUUGUAUCGCAACCCUCGUUUUGCGGAAACUCGAUAAAACUUGUUUCCAUUUGAAGUUUAGAUCAUUUCAUAUCUGUUUACUUAUUCCGAUGAAUGUUAAAAAAUAUUUUAAUUUCAAUGCUACGUUUUAAUGAGAUUAGAAAAAUGAAAUUGUUCGUCAUAAACCUCCACGAUACUAGAUAAUAUUACUACGAAAAGCGUACUCAUGCACAUAAAUAUCCUUUUUAUUAUGACCACUUUCAUGGAAUGAUAUUUUUAGAAAAGUCGGUUACUUUGCCAAAAGUCACCAGGAUGUGUGCAUUGCAUAAUGGUAUGUUUCAAUGUAAUAAGAUACCAGUAACAUGCAAUACCAUGAUGUUUGGUAAAUUAUAUUUUUGAAAAAUCGGUGGAGGUCUGCAGAAUGUGGUCAUGCCACAAAGUUGUGAUUUAAUGCAAUGCGAUCCCAGGCACCAGCAUUUACCAUUUCGUAAGACCAUGACGUUGGGUAAUGGGAUCUAUGUACUUAAAGGGACAAAACUGGCCUUUUCAACGAACGGGUAUUCCAAUUCAUAUUAGGAUCACAAAACUUCUCACGCAUCUGUUUUGGUUCAUAUUUCCAAAUAUUUUCCCUACAAGCACUAUUCAGAGCUUAUAAUGUGAUUUCUUUGAAGUGACACUCUUAAUAAAACUCAAUACAUAAACAUGCAACUUGAUUGAUUAACCUUUAACUACUUACUAAAUAAUUGCAUUUAUGGAAAAUAUUAAUUACUGAUAACAAGAUUGUAACCGUGUAUUUAAUAGCUAAAACGCAAUUAUUAUUUUUUAAAUUGGUGAAUUUAAAAGAUUUACUGUGAUCUUCUAUAUUUUCAUAUGGUAGAAAUAUCGUGUUUUCUGCACAUUUCUUUCAAAUUAAACUCGGUAUCCUCCAUAAGAAUAAUUGUUUUCGACAUUUAUUCAUUUGGUGUCACCUCAGGGGUGGUAUUCAAUGUCAAAUUAAGAUAAUCGUAUUUUCAUACAUCAUUGAAUUUUCUUCAUGUCAUCUAACUAUUACAUAGUAAGACCGUUACAUUUUAUUGAACGUGUAUUGUUAACGAGAAAAAAGCCAUAACCGUAACUUAUGAUUUGUUUGUAUUGACGCAUUUCCGUGACUCAACUUUAAUAUAUUGUUGUAUGUUAUGUUUUUGAGCAAGUGGCCUUUACGUACCAAUUAAACAGUUGACUUGCCUUGACUUGAAUUAAGAAAAACAUACUUCCUGGAUUCUUUAUCAUGGGUUAUGCAUGGAUAUGUUAGGUUUGAACGACGCAUGUAUUGUAUUCAGCUCACUAAAUACAUUAGUUAUCCAGGUUGUGUGCGUUGCGCGUUAGGGUUCUCAUACAUGUUCCAGGGAAAUGGAGAAGAGGUGCGGUUGUGUCAAUCAAACACAAGGGGGUAUGCGCGUUAUGGGACACUCUCAUAUGUUUCAGUGGUGGAAGGGCAGGGUGGGUUGCGUGUAUGUUUAUCACUGAAACGUGCAUCAGGGCAAUGGGGGUAUGCAGGUUAUUGGGUACGCACAUAUGUUUCAGUGGUGAAAGGGCAGAGUUGGUUGCGGGUUUGUCUAUCACUCACAUGUGCGUCAGAACAAUGGGGUAUGCGGGUUAUGGUACACUCACAUAUGUUUCAGUGGUGAAAGGGCAGAGUUGGUUGCGGGUUUGUCUAUCACUCACACGUGCAUCAGGGCAAUGGGGGUAUGUGGGUUAUCGGGCACUCACAUAUGUUUCAGUGGUGAAAGGGCAGGGUUGGUUGAGGAUAUGUCUAUCACGCACACGUGCGUCAGAGCAAUAGGGGCAUGUGAGUUAUCGGGCACUCACAUAUGUUUCAGUGGUGAAAGGGCAGAGUUGGUUGCGGAUUUGUCUAUCACUCACACGUGCAUCUGGGCAAUGGGGGUAUGCGGGUAAUAGGACACUCACAAAAUGUUUCAGUGGUGAAAUGGCAGAGUUGGUUGCGGAUAUGUAUAUCACUCACACGUGCAUCUGGGCUAUUGGGGUAUGCGGGUAAUAGGACACUCACAUAUGUUUCAGUGGUGAAAGGGCAGAGUUGGUUGCGGAUAUGUAUAUCACUCACACGUGCAUCAGGGCAAUUGGGGUAUGCGGGUAAUAGGACACUCACAUAUGUUUCAGUGGUGAAAGGGCAGGGUGGGUUGCGGGUAUGUCUAUCACUCACACGUGCAUCAGGGCAAUUGGGGUAUGCGGGUAAUAGGACACUCACAUAUGUUUCAGUGGAGAUGGAGAAAUUGUUGUUUAAAUAUAGUUCAGCGGUGAUGGGAUACUAACAUAUGUAUCAGGGGAUAAUGGUGUAUGUUGGUAUAGGGGCAAUUAAACAUGUACCAAUGUGUUGUGCGUGGCGGUGGUAAGGGUACCAACACAUGUAUUUGGGAGGAGGGGGGGAAGAGGUGGACAUCAACUCACACAUCAAUCAGCAAUAAUAGUUUAACCUUCAUCUGAGAAUUUGAAAAUAAGCAGCUUCAAUGUAAUGAAUGUUCUUGUUAUAAAAUAAACAAUAUGUUAACAUUCUUGUUCUUAUUUUACAGCUUCACAUUGGCGGGAACAUAAUCACGGAAACGUCGACGCAGACCCUCGUUAGCACAAUCAAAUUUGAUCUUUGAAGUUUUAUUUCACGAUUUGACUUCAAAAUGUUUAACUAAUUUAGCAAAAGAAAUUUAAAAUAUUGAACAUUCGAAGUGCGAACUUUUAAAUAAUUGUUUUAUUGAACAUUUUACAUUGUAAGGAAUGGUCCAAUAGAUAAAGAGAAUUAAGCCGCAAGCUGGUAAAAAACAAACAUUAUACAUCAAAACUACGUUACAGAAAAAAUAAGCACAAAAGAAAGUCAUCAUGGGAAAUUACCAAGUAUCCGCAAAUAAUCACCAAGCGCAGUUAGAGACCAAUACAAAUUUGUUAGGAACAGACGUUGAUGCACAAUUUACUAAAACGGAGGCUGAGAUUUCACAGCAGCAGCAGCGGGUUGAUGAAGCUUUAGGAACGAACUCAACGAAUGAACACCAAGCACUGUUAAAGAAAAAUACAAUAGUGUGUGUUGCAGCCAUUGACGAUGCUGGGGGUCGAGACACACAGGGUAUUGGUGAGGAUGCAGAAGCAUACAAGCGAGACAUUGGCGCUCUAGCUACAAUGGAAAAGGCCGAGAUUACACAGCCUCAGCAGCAGCAGCAACAACAACAGCAGCAGCAGCAGCAGCAGCAGAAGGAUGAAGCCGUCAUAGCGGACUCGACGAACAAACAGCUAGCGCAGCUCGAGAAAAGGACACAAUUGUGUGCAACCGUCAUUGAAGAUGCUGCUGAUCGAGGAAUAGAACGUAUUGAUGAGGGCGCAGAAGCACACAUGCGAGACCUUGACAAACAAGCUUCUAAAAAGAAGGCCGAGAUAUCACAGUUCCAGCAGCAGGUUGAUGAAGACUUCAGAAUGAAGCUGAAAAACACUCUACUUCGACACCAUUCGAAAAGCAACUCUACCCUUUUGCCGGGACCGUUCUUUCCUGACUCAGUGAGUCUAGAAGACUUCUACGUUCCUCCUAGGCUUUCGGAGGUAUUGAACAAAAUGAGCAGAAAGAAGAACGGACCAAAAGAAAAGGAGACACGACCUAUUACAUCCUUGGAACAGCUACUGACACCUGAUGAUACAACGAAUCAAUUAACAAUCAUAACCGCGAAUGCUGGUGUUGGUAAAUCAUCUUUUUGUAAAUUUCUAUCUGUUUUGUGGUGCGAAUUACAUGACCAAACAACGGAUACCACCAGCAAAUUUACCGAGCGUUUUGACAUUAAUUUCGAUUCUUUGAAAGAUAUACCCUAUUUGCUCUACAUUCCAUUGAGGGAUAUUCCACCAGACCGAACCCAUUCUAUCGAAGAAAUUAUUUUUGCUCAUUUGGAACAUGUUAUAGGAUACCAAGAGCAAGACCAAAAAAUAUUUGAGAGAAUAUUUAUGGACGAACGCUGUUUGGUAAUAUUAGAUGGAAUGGACGAGUCUUCCUUGUCAACACUGAAUUCACCAAAGGCAAAUCGGAAGUACAACAUAAUAAUUACAUGCCGCCCAUGGAAACUCGCAAAUACGGACUUGCCAAAAUACAUGCAUGUAUGUAUUGACGAUCUCAACGAAAUUGCACGAACAAAGCUUUUUAAACACGUGAAUACAAUCUUAAACACAAAAUAUGGGACCACGUUUAACGUUCAAGAUUUCUUUGUCACUUUGGAAACUCAAAAACUGCAGUCACUAUCCUUCAACACACAAGUUGGUCUGCAUCUGUACUGCAUCUGGCAAGACAGAAAGAAAGGCGAAAACUCCGAAAAAAGCAAAAAGAGUGUGGCGCUAGGACCUACAAGAUCACACAUUUAUGCAGACAUAUUGGAAAUGAUGUUCAGUCCUAAAACAAACAGAAGAAAAGAAAACUCAGAACGUACACAAUUAUCCGCUCCCAAACAAAUGCCUCUUCCUACACUUCCUUCAUGUUUUGAUGGCCGGAGGCUGUGCAAAACAAAAUCUUGUUUAAUUUAUAAAUCAGGACAAAUUGCCUUUCAUAUGUUAAUCAACUCGAAAUAUCAUUUUGAUGAGGCGACCAUUGACUCGUUAGAGGAUGAGCAGUUUCUUUUAGAUUCAGGACUGAUUUUAGCCGAUAGGUCAGAUGAGUGCAGUACUAAACGCAAGGUGUACCGUUUUCUGCAUAAAACCUACCAGGAGAUGUUAGCAGCAGUAUAUAUGUCGUCACUGAGCACCGAGAGUGAAGACUGGCUUGCGUUCAAAAACACAUACGAUACGGUGUGUUCACCGGACAUACUGGCCUUCCUGUGCGUGAUGAACUACGAGCAGGGUCUGCGAUGUUCGAAAUUUUUCGGCGACAUCGAGAGAGAGUUUUAUAGAGAAGGUACAUUCUAUGCCACUGAGAUCAUCGAGUACCAAGACGCCGUGCAGUUAGCGUACACCGAAUGUGUUAACAAUGGAGUGUCAAAUCCGCAACUUACGCUUAGACAUGCAUGCGUUCCAGCGUUUCGUCCCCUAUUGCAACAGAGCGCUAGCGAACUUAAGUCGUGUUGUAUUAAAUGUUCAAAAGAAAUCUCUGUUGAAACAAGCUUACUAGGCAUGGAACAACUUAACUUAUUAGUUAUAUCAAAUGGAAAAGAGGACGAAACUGAUCCACAAAUUAUUCCAACAGAAUUGCUAAACAAGUUAACAGUUCUAUGUCUAUACGAUUUGCAUAUAGACAAUGAUAACUUGAACCUUGCAUCCUGUGGGAAUAUCAAAAUCUUGAUUCUACAGAAUAUUAGCCUCCAGCAAGUGACCAUCGUCCCGCAUCAACUGGAAGUGUUCUGGGUCUCCAUCAAAAAUGACAUGCAGGAUAACACACCGCCUAUGGAAGUGUCAUUCGCACACGACGAACAGUUUUCAAACAAAUUACGCGAGCUCAGUCUUGACAACGUAACCUUAAAUGAAACACUUAAUAUACAACAGUGUGAUAAGCUACAGCAAUUGCAAUUGGACACAUUAACAUUCCCUGAUGAAUUCCACUUGGACCUGUCCUCGUUCACGACACUCACAGAGAUAACCCUGCAAAACCUCCGCCUCAAGCAUGCAACUAUCGCACCAGUCCUGUUAGAGCAGUUCUGGGUCGCCAUCAAAAAUGACAUACGGGAUAACACACCGCCUAUGGAAGUGUCAUUUGCCCACAGUGGACAGUUUUCAAACAAAAUACGAAAGCUCAGUCUUGACAACGUAAGCUUAAAGGAAACACUUAAUAUACAACAGUGUGAUAAGCUACAAAAAUUGCAAUUGAACACAUUAACAUUUCCUGAUGACUUUCACCUGGACCUUUCCUCCACCACGGACCUCACAUCGGUAAUACUUAAUAACCUCCGCCUCAAGCAUGUGACCAUCGCACCGGCCCUGUUAGAAGAGUUCUGGGUCACCAUCAACAAUGACAUGUGGGAGAACACACCGCCUAUGGAAGUGUCAUUCGCACACGACGCACAGUUUUCAAACAAAUUACGAAAGCUCAGUCUUGACAACGUAACCUUAAAUGAAACACUUAAUAUACAACAGUGUGAUAAGCUACAGCAAUUGCAAUUGGGCACAUUAACAUUCCCUGAUGAAUUCCACUUGGACCUGUCCUCGUUCACGACACUCACAGAGAUAACCCUGCAAAACCUCCGCCUCAAGCAUGCAACUAUCGCACCAGUCCUGUUAGAGCAGUUCUGGGUCGCCAUCAAAAAUGACAUACGGGAUAACACACCGCCUAUGGAAGUGUCAUUUGCCCACAGUGGACAGUUUUCAAACAAAAUACGAAAGCUCAGUCUUGACAACGUAAGCUUAAAGGAAACACUUAAUAUACAACAGUGUGAUAAGCUACAAAAAUUGCAAUUGAACACAUUAACAUUUCCUGAUGACUUUCACCUGGACCUUUCCUCCACCACGGACCUCACAUCGGUAAUACUUAAUAACCUCCGCCUCAAGCAUGUGACCAUCGCACCGGCCCUGUUAGAAGAGUUCUGGGUCACCAUCAACAAUGACAUGUGGGAGAACACACCGCCUAUGGAAGUGUCAUUCGCACACGACGCACAGUUUUCAAACAAAUUACGAAAGCUCAGUCUUGACAACGUAACCUUAAAUGAAACACUUAAUAUACAACAGUGUGAUAAGCUACAAAAAUUGCAAUUGGACACAUUAACAUUUCCUGAUGAAUUCCACUUGGACCUGUCCUCGUUCACGACUCUCACAGAGAUAACCCUGCAAAACCUCCGCCUCAAGCAUGCAACUAUCGCACCAGCCCUGUUAGAAGAGUUCUGGGUCACCAUCAAAAAUGAAAUACGGGAUAACACACCGCCUAUGGAAGUGUCAUUCGCACACGACGCACAGUUUUCAAACAAAUUACGCGAGCUCAGUCUUGACAACGUAACCUUAUAUGAAACACUUAAUAUACAACAGUGUGAUAAGCUACAGAAAUUGCAAUUGGACACAUUAACAUUUCCUGAUGAAUUCCACUUGGACCUGUCCUCGUUCACGACUCUCACAGAGAUAACCCUGCUAAACCUCCGCCUCAAGCAUGCAACUAUCGCACCGGCCCUGUUAGAGAAGUUCUGGGUCUCCAUCAAAAAUGACAUGCAGGAUAACACACCGCCUAUGGAAGUGUCAUUCGCACACAACGCACAGUUUUCAAACAAAUUACGCGAGCUCAGUCUUGACAACGUAACCUUAAAUGAAACACUUAAUAUACAACAGUGUGAUAAGCUAAAACAAUUGCAAUUGGACACAUUAACAUUUCCUGAUGACUUUCACCUGGACCUUUCCUCCACCACGGACCUCACAUCGGUAAUACUUAAUAACCUCCGCCUCAAGCAUGUGACCAUCGCACCGGCCCUGUUAGAAGAGUUCUGGGUCACCAUCAACAAUGACAUGUGGGAGAACACACCGCCUAUGGAAGUGUCAUUCGCACACGACGCACAGUUUUCAAACAAAUUACGAAAGCUCAGUCUUGACAACGUAACCUUAAAUGAAACACUUAAUAUACAGCAGUGUGAUAAACUACAAGUACUGCGAUUGGACACGUUAACAUUCCCUGAUGAAUUCCACUUGGACCUGUCAUCCUUCACGAGCCUCACACAGAUUAACCUGCAAAACCUCCGCCUCAAGCAUGCAACUAUCGCACCGGCCCUGUUAGAGAAGUUCUGGGUCUCCAUUAAAAAUGACAUACGGGAUAACACACCGCCUAUGGAAGUGUCAUUCGCACACAGUGAACAGUUUUCAGACAAAUUACGGAAGCUCAGUCUUGACAACGUAACCUUAAAUGAAACACUUAAUAUACAACAGUGUGAUAAGCUACAGCAAUUGCAAUUGGACACAUUAACAUUUCCUGAUGACUUUCACCUGGACCUUUCCUCCACCACGGACCUCACAUCGGUAAUACUUAAUAACCUCCGCCUCAAGCAUGUGACCAUCGCACCGGCCCUGUUAGAAGAGUUCUGGGUCACCAUCAACAAUGACAUGUGGGAGAACACACCGCCUAUGGAAGUGUCAUUCGCACACGACGCACAGUUUUCAAACAAAUUACGAAAGCUCAGUCUUGACAACGUAACCUUAAAUGAAACACUUAAUAUACAGCAGUGUGAUAAACUACAAGUACUGCGAUUGGACACGUUAACAUUCCCUGAUGAAUUCCACUUGGACCUGUCCUCGUUCACGACUCUCACAGAGAUAACCCUGCAAAACCUCCGCCUCAAGCAUGCAACUAUCGCACCAGUCCUGUUAGAAGAGUUCUGGGUCUCCAUCAAAAAUGAAAUACGGGAUAACACACCGCCUAUGGAAGUGUCAUUCGCACACAGUGAACAGUUUUCAGACAAAUUACGCGAGCUCAGUCUUGACAACGUAACCUUAAAUGAAACACUUAAUAUACAACAGUGUGAUAAGCUACAAAAAUUGCAAUUGAACACAUUAACAUUUCCUGAUGACUUUCACCUGGACCUUUCCUCCACCACGGACCUCACAUCGGUAAUACUUAAUAACCUCCGCCUCAAGCAUGUGACCAUCGCACCGGCCCUGUUAGAAAGGUUCUGGGUCGCCAUCAAAAAUGACAUACGGGAUAACACACCGCCUAUGGAAGUGUCAUUCGCCCACAGUGAACAGUUUUCAGACAAAUUACGCGAGCUCAGUCUUGACAACGUAACCUUAAAUGAAACACUUAAUAUACAACAGUGUGAUAAGCUACAGCAAUUGCAAUUGGACACAUUAACAUUCCCUGAUGAAUUCCACUUGGACCUGUCCUCGUUCACGACACUCACAGAGAUAACCCUGCAAAACCUCCGCCUCAAGCAUGCAACUAUCGCACCAGUCCUGUUAGAGCAGUUCUGGGUCGCCAUCAAAAAUGACAUACGGGAUAACACACCGCCUAUGGAAGUGUCAUUUGCCCACAGUGGACAGUUUUCAAACAAAAUACGAAAGCUCAGUCUUGACAACGUAAGCUUAAAGGAAACACUUAAUAUACAACAGUGUGAUAAGCUACAAAAAUUGCAAUUGAACACAUUAACAUUUCCUGAUGACUUUCACCUGGACCUUUCCUCCACCACGGACCUCACAUCGGUAAUACUUAAUAACCUCCGCCUCAAGCAUGUGACCAUCGCACCGGCCCUGUUAGAAGAGUUCUGGGUCACCAUCAACAAUGACAUGUGGGAGAACACACCGCCUAUGGAAGUGUCAUUCGCACACGACGCACAGUUUUCAAACAAAUUACGAAAGCUCAGUCUUGACAACGUAACCUUAAAUGAAACACUUAAUAUACAACAGUGUGAUAAGCUACAGCAAUUGCAAUUGGGCACAUUAACAUUCCCUGAUGAAUUCCACUUGGACCUGUCCUCGUUCACGACACUCACAGAGAUAACCCUGCAAAACCUCCGCCUCAAGCAUGCAACUAUCGCACCAGUCCUGUUAGAGCAGUUCUGGGUCGCCAUCAAAAAUGACAUACGGGAUAACACACCGCCUAUGGAAGUGUCAUUUGCCCACAGUGGACAGUUUUCAAACAAAAUACGAAAGCUCAGUCUUGACAACGUAAGCUUAAAGGAAACACUUAAUAUACAACAGUGUGAUAAGCUACAAAAAUUGCAAUUGAACACAUUAACAUUUCCUGAUGACUUUCACCUGGACCUUUCCUCCACCACGGACCUCACAUCGGUAAUACUUAAUAACCUCCGCCUCAAGCAUGUGACCAUCGCACCGGCCCUGUUAGAAGAGUUCUGGGUCACCAUCAACAAUGACAUGUGGGAGAACACACCGCCUAUGGAAGUGUCAUUCGCACACGACGCACAGUUUUCAAACAAAUUACGAAAGCUCAGUCUUGACAACGUAACCUUAAAUGAAACACUUAAUAUACAACAGUGUGAUAAGCUACAAAAAUUGCAAUUGGACACAUUAACAUUUCCUGAUGAAUUCCACUUGGACCUGUCCUCGUUCACGACUCUCACAGAGAUAACCCUGCAAAACCUCCGCCUCAAGCAUGCAACUAUCGCACCAGCCCUGUUAGAAGAGUUCUGGGUCACCAUCAAAAAUGAAAUACGGGAUAACACACCGCCUAUGGAAGUGUCAUUCGCACACGACGCACAGUUUUCAAACAAAUUACGCGAGCUCAGUCUUGACAACGUAACCUUAUAUGAAACACUUAAUAUACAACAGUGUGAUAAGCUACAGAAAUUGCAAUUGGACACAUUAACAUUUCCUGAUGAAUUCCACUUGGACCUGUCCUCGUUCACGACUCUCACAGAGAUAACCCUGCUAAACCUCCGCCUCAAGCAUGCAACUAUCGCACCGGCCCUGUUAGAGAAGUUCUGGGUCUCCAUCAAAAAUGACAUGCAGGAUAACACACCGCCUAUGGAAGUGUCAUUCGCACACGACGCACAGUUUUCAAACAAAUUACGCGAGCUCAGUCUUGACAACGUAACCUUAAAUGAAACACUUAAUAUACAACAGUGUGAUAAGCUAAAACAAUUGCAAUUGGACACAUUAACAUUUCCUGAUGACUUUCACCUGGACCUUUCCUCCACCACGGACCUCACAUCGGUAAUACUUAAUAACCUCCGCCUCAAGCAUGUGACCAUCGCACCGGCCCUGUUAGAAGAGUUCUGGGUCACCAUCAACAAUGACAUGUGGGAGAACACACCGCCUAUGGAAGUGUCAUUCGCACACGACGCACAGUUUUCAAACAAAUUACGAAAGCUCAGUCUUGACAACGUAACCUUAAAUGAAACACUUAAUAUACAGCAGUGUGAUAAACUACAAGUACUGCGAUUGGACACGUUAACAUUCCCUGAUGAAUUCCACUUGGACCUGUCAUCCUUCACGAGCCUCACACAGAUUAACCUGCAAAACCUCCGCCUCAAGCAUGCAACUAUCGCACCGGCCCUGUUAGAGAAGUUCUGGGUCUCCAUUAAAAAUGACAUACGGGAUAACACACCGCCUAUGGAAGUGUCAUUCGCACACAGUGAACAGUUUUCAGACAAAUUACGGAAGCUCAGUCUUGACAACGUAACCUUAAAUGAAACACUUAAUAUACAACAGUGUGAUAAGCUACAGCAAUUGCAAUUGGACACAUUAACAUUUCCUGAUGACUUUCACCUGGACCUUUCCUCCACCACGGACCUCACAUCGGUAAUACUUAAUAACCUCCGCCUCAAGCAUGUGACCAUCGCACCGGCCCUGUUAGAAGAGUUCUGGGUCACCAUCAACAAUGACAUGUGGGAGAACACACCGCCUAUGGAAGUGUCAUUCGCACACGACGCACAGUUUUCAAACAAAUUACGAAAGCUCAGUCUUGACAACGUAACCUUAAAUGAAACACUUAAUAUACAGCAGUGUGAUAAACUACAAGUACUGCGAUUGGACACGUUAACAUUCCCUGAUGAAUUCCACUUGGACCUGUCCUCGUUCACGACUCUCACAGAGAUAACCCUGCAAAACCUCCGCCUCAAGCAUGCAACUAUCGCACCAGUCCUGUUAGAAGAGUUCUGGGUCUCCAUCAAAAAUGAAAUACGGGAUAACACACCGCCUAUGGAAGUGUCAUUCGCACACAGUGAACAGUUUUCAGACAAAUUACGCGAGCUCAGUCUUGACAACGUAACCUUAAAUGAAACACUUAAUAUACAACAGUGUGAUAAGCUACAAAAAUUGCAAUUGAACACAUUAACAUUUCCUGAUGACUUUCACCUGGACCUUUCCUCCACCACGGACCUCACAUCGGUAAUACUUAAUAACCUCCGCCUCAAGCAUGUGACCAUCGCACCGGCCCUGUUAGAAAGGUUCUGGGUCGCCAUCAAAAAUGACAUACGGGAUAACACACCGCCUAUGGAAGUGUCAUUCGCCCACAGUGAACAGUUUUCAGACAAAUUACGCGAGCUCAGUCUUGACAACGUAACCUUAAAUGAAACACUUAAUAUACAACAGUGUGAUAAGCUACAGCAAUUGCAAUUGGACACAUUAACAUUCCCUGAUGAAUUCCACUUGGACCUGUCCUCGUUCACGACACUCACAGAGAUAACCCUGCAAAACCUCCGCCUCAAGCAUGCAACUAUCGCACCAGUCCUGUUAGAGAAGUUCUGGGUCUCCAUUAAAAAUGAAAUACGGGAUAACACACCGCCUAUGGAAGUGUCAUUCGCACACGACGCACAGUUUUCAAACAAAUUACGCGAGCUCAGUCUUGACAACGUAACCUUAAAUGAAACACUUAAUAUACAACAGUGUGAUAAGCUACAGCAAUUGCAAUUGGACACAUUAACAUUUCCUGAUGAAUUCCACUUGGACCUGUCCUCGUUCACGACUCUCACAGAGAUAACCCUGCAAAACCUCCGCCUCAAGCAUGCAACUAUCGCACCAGUCCUGUUAGAAGAGUUCUGAGUCUCCAUCAAAAAUGACAUACGGGAUAACACAUCGCCUAUGGAAGUGUCAUUCGCACACGACGCACAGUUUUCAAACAAAUUACGAAAGCUCAGUCUGGA